CUUUUAGACCUUAAGCCAAACUUCACUAGCCCACCUCCAACUUCCAUGGCAGCUGGUCCUGAUGCCUACCUCCAAGGCAACAUCAGAAUGACCCUGGAGGACCCUGAGCUGUGGAAGUCCUUUCAUGAAAUAGGAACUGAGAUGAUCAUCACCAAACCUGGCAGGAGGAUGUUUCCACAUUGCAAGGUCAACAUCUCUGGCCUUAUCCCCUGUGCCAAAUAUAUUCUACUGGUUGACAUGGUUCCUGAGGAUGGAUUCAGAUACAAAUGGAAUAAAGACAAGUGGGAGGUGGCAGGCAAAGCGGAGCCCCAGCCACCGUGCAGGACCUACCUCCACCCGGACUCCCCAGCCCCCGGGAGCCACUGGAUGAAGCAGUCCGUAUCCUUCCUCAAGCUCAAGCUCACCAAUAACACCCUGGACCAGCAUGGACAUAUCAUUCUGCACUCCAUGCACCGCUACUACCCGCGCUUCCACAUAGUCCAGGCCGAUGACCUCUUCAGUGUGCGUUGGAGUGUGUUCCAGACCUUCACUUUCCCCGAGACCUCGUUCACAGCAGUCACAGCCUACCAAAACACUAAGAUUACCAAACUCAAGAUUGACCACAACCCAUUUGCUAAAGGAUUCCGAGAUGAGGGCACUAACAAGAAAAGGCGUGCCAACAAGAGCCCAGACAGUGCUGACAAAAAAACUAAGAUGACUGACAUGUUGGCCCGAGACUCUGAGGAGGACAUCCAGCAAGACUUCUGCAGGCAGUCCUUUGAAGUUUUUGAUGGUGAAGAGGUGGACAAACGGAAGGAGGUGGACCCUGUGAAAGAGGAGAGUUACUCCCCCUGGGCUGCAGACCGAGAGCAGAGCGUCAGGACAGAGUCUCCAAAUGGGACAGACACCCGGGACAUGUAUAAUACAGAGCAGCUAGUGCCGGCUCCUGCUUCCUAUCAACCCUACAGGUUCCACGAGUAUUCUGGCAAGUCCCCCUCCCCCUCUUCCUCUGCUAGUAGAAGCAGCGUUGGCUCUGGACGCUUUGAACCAAGAGUCCCAGAUGUCGCAACUGUCCCGGAACACGACUCCUCCAAAGCUGCCAGACCACAAGACAUGGUCGCCUCCUCUUCCUCCUGUGUCCCCCAGAAUCUACCCCAGGACUAUACAGGUGUUCUCAACAUGACCAUGGCCCAAGCUGGCAAACCCGGCGUGAUUGGACACCCCAUCUACAACCCCUAUGGCACAGCAGAGCAGCCAUUGGCACAGUGGAGCAAUGCAGCACCAUCCCAGUACCCAGCACCCCAUCACCUGACAGCGGACUACCCCACACAGGCAGUGCACCCUGGUUACCAUCAUAGCAACAUGGCAGAGUGGAGCCAGUACCCUCUUUUCUCCUAUUCAUGCUGGUGAAUGAACUUUGAUAGAAAAAACUGAAUUUACUGAUGCUACUAUGCACAAAGAGGCUCGCUGAGAAGACGGUGCAUGCCCAGGACAGAACUAGAGGCCGGUCAUAACAGAACAGUUCAGGAGUCAGACCGGAUGUGAAAUGUGCAAAUAGAGUGCUUUACUAUUACUAAGUAUGAUUGUCUAAUUGUGGUCUAUUUAUUUAGUAUUUCAACUCAUUUCAGGUGUAAAUAUUAUUUUUAUAAAACAGAUAAAGUUAA